CUCAGAGAUGGAGACUGCUCCCGGGGGCGCCCCGCCGUUCUCCGCUGUGGCGCUGCGGCUGACGCUGGGGGCUCCGGGUCUGCCCGACGGCCCGUUCGGCUGCCCCAUCUGCCUCGAUCUUCUGAAGGACCCGGUGACUGUGCCGUGCGGGCACAACUUCUGCCAGCGCUGUCUGGGGGCGCUCCGCCAGCGGGCGGGCCCCCCCGACGGCAGCGGCGGGGCGGGCGGGGCUGUCCGCUGCCCGCUCUGCCAGGAGCCCGUCCCCGCAGCCUUGCGGCUCCGCAAGAACCGCGCCCUCUGUGAGGUACUGCCGCUGCUGGCGGCCGCUGCAGGCGGCUCGUCCCCGCCGUCGCCAGCCGCCGGGUCCUCGAUGGCACCGGGAGCCGAGGAGGAGGAUGCGGCGGCGGAGGAAGGAGCGGCGGUGCUGUGCGACGUGUGCCCGGCGGGGUCGCGGGCUGCGGCGGCGCGGUCCUGCCUGGUCUGCCUGGCCUCCUUCUGCGAGGCCCACCUCGAGCCCCAUCGGCGCGCCGGCGCCUUCCGCGCACAUCGCCUGGUGGCCCCGCUGCGGCGGCUGGAGGAGGGGCUCUGUCCUCGCCACCUCCAGCCCCUCGACGGCUUCUGCCGCGCCGAGCAGGCCUGCGUGUGUGCUCGCUGCCGCGCCCACGAUCACCGCGGCCACGAAGUGGUGCCCCUCGAGCGGGAGCGCGAGCACAAGGAGGCCCAACAAGCCAAAUUCCUCAGUGAUGCUGAGAACGAGCUGGAGGAGCUGGCAGUCACCAUUGCACAGGCCAAGAAGAUGGUGGAGCUCAUUAAGGGUGCUGCCAUGAAGGAGAGGGAAAAGGUUGAGAAGCUCUUUGCAGAAGCCUCUGAGGUCCUGGCAACCUUCCAGAAGGAGGUGGCCAGUUUCAUCGAGGAAGGGGAGCGCUCCAUGCUGGGGGAGGCUGAGGCUGAUCUUCGCUGGAAGGAGGAGAGACGAGCCAAGCUGGUCCAGUGCAAGCAAAACCUGGAGAAUGUCCCCAGAACUGACACCAUCUACUUCCUCCAGGAAUUUCAGGCCUUAAAAGUUGCGAUGGAAGAAAACCUCUCACCAGCUCUGAGCUUCCCAAACGAGCUGAACUUCACCAAAUGCACCCAAGCUGUGAGUGUGGUGAAGGAUGUGCUGUCCGCUGCCUGCAAAAAACAGUGGGACCACUUGCAGGGGAAAGGGAUUGAUGAGCAGAGUUACCAAGAGAUAGAGGAAGUGUUGGCUGUCUCCAGAUUACCAGAGAAGUUAAACAGUCCCGCCUGCCAGGAGAGCCGUGAUUACUUCCUGAAAUUUGCCUUCAUCAUUGACCUCGACAGUGACACAGCUGACAAGUUUAUCCAUCUGUUUGGCACCAAAGGGGCUAAGCGGGUGCUGUGCCCCAUCCCUUACCCAGAAAGCCCCACCCGGUUCAUCAAUUGUGAGCAGGUGCUGGGUUUGAAUCUCAUGAAUCGGGGCAACUACUACUGGGAGGUGGAGCUCAUCGAUGGCUGGGUCAGCAUUGGUGUCAUUGCUGAGGACUUCGACCCCCGCGAGUCCUACACCCGUGGCCGCCUGGGGCGAAAUGAGAAGUCUUGCUGCCUACAGUGGAAUGGACAGAACUAUGUGGUCUGGUUUGGGGGCUUUGAGUCUGUCAUUCAGCAGCCAUUUUUCCAGACAAUUGGGGUCUUCCUGGAGUAUUCAGAGAAGGCCCUGACCUUCUAUGGAGUCAAGGACUCCAAGAUGACCUGCCUGCAGCAGCUCAAGGUCUCCCCUUUUGCCAAGGGUAUAUUUGACCCAUUCCAGAACAAGAUCAACCACCAAUUUGCCUCUCUUUUCUUGUGCAAGCUGAAGCCAGCCUUCUUCCUGGAGAGCGUCGAUGCCCACCUGCAGAUCGGGCCACUGAAGAAAGACUGUGUUUCAGUGCUAAAGCGUAGGUAACUGCUCAUGGGAGGACUCAGAAAAGUCUCUCUUGCAUUGUAUUGCCACCAUCACAGCUUCUCUUUGGUAGUGUUGUAUAUCUCUGUCACAGCCAUCCUUGUUCUGUGCUGCCUGCAUACCAGGGUGCAUGAAGCUAUCUGAUGGGCAGAGCCAUGGGCUGGGAGCCAGGAGGGAACUGGAUCCAAGUGCCAGCUCUGCUCCUGGGCUGCUGAGCAAACUUGGAAUAGUCUCUGCUACUCCCUGCCCCUCAGUUUCCCUUUCAGGGACUGCGAUACAGCCUUUCUUGGUAAAGUGCAUUGCUUAGGGGAAGUGCCACAUCGAUUUGAAGCUGUUUGUUGUCCAGCUGCCAGGCUGUCCAGUCCCUCUCCUUGAUUUCUACUAACACUGCUCUGAUGACUUGUAUAGAUGCUCCGUACUGUGCCUUACUUUGGUCACUAUGUUGCUGCUGGUUUUUUGAAGGACUGGCUCAUCAACACCUUCCACAUGUUCCUUAUAAAGUGCCUUUGAAAUAGCAAGCCCUGCAUGGACUGGGUGAGCCCCCAAAGCAGAUGCAGUCACUCCCCUGGUGCCUGCAUCACUGUUGUGCCUUGGUGUGGGUGAGCAGGGUGCUCCAGGGUGGGUGGGAUGCAGAAGAGGAUGGCUGGGAGUAUGCUGCAGUAAUGCAGUACCUCUCCUUGCAGGGCUGUCCACCUGUUAGUGCUGCAGACAUGAAACGAGGAUCUUUGCCUUCCCUCACACCACAGCCAGGAGAUACUUUGGUCUGUGGCUAGCCUCAUUUGGGAAAAGCUGUGGGCCUGCGUGUAUUGGAGCCCCAUGGCUGUGGGGCUGUUCCCCACAGCAGCCAAAAAUCCCAGCUGGGAAUUGGGAGAAACAUUUUGCCAAGAAGCAGCAACGCUGUUCCUUGCCUUGAGAUGGUGAAAUGAGCAGCUUGGAACAAUUUUGAGGAUGCGCUUUUAGUAAACACGUUCCUCGGGAACUGCUUACCAAAGCUUUACAGCCUUAUUUUCCCCCAACAUUUUUGAUGGCACUACUAUUUUAAGGGAUUUUAAUACUGUUUAACCCCCAACUCUUAAAGUACCCUGGGCAUUUUUUUACAGCUGCAUUUACUUGAGCUGUAAAUGCACCCCUUAGCUUAGGGAGUUUUUUAAGUUGCAAAAGAGGUGCUGUAUGGCCUGUUCUAGGAACAGCUGUGAGCACAUGGAUUAAAAGCACAGUAUCAAUCAGUUAUUAAAUGAUACUUAAGACUCUGGUAAUAAGUAACAAUUAACAAAAACUACUCUCAAGCAAGUUUCCUCUCUGGGAAGGGUGGAAACUGGAGGCUGAGAGCCAAAAACCCCAGUUCACAUGUCCUGAGGUAGCUUUUCCAGAAGGAAAAUACAGAAAUACUGCCUGUGAGGGCAGCACACUGCAGCCCCUGUCUCAGCACAGUGUGCCCUUCCACAAGCUUAUCUUUUCUAGGAUUAGUUUGCUACUUGCCUCCUUGCUUUACAGAAUCAUACUGCUGUUUAAUAGGCACCUAGAGAGAAAAUAUAUUGGGUCAGGCUCUUUGCUGGUAUGAGUGGGUUGGUGAUGACACAUCAACGGUCAAAAGGGAUAAAAAAUGGCCCAUUUAGCUUAAUAUAUGAAAUAUAUAUAUUCUGUAAAAGAUAAGCUGGAAAUCGUAGUAUUCAAGACGAGCCAAGGGAAAAAAGUGAACAUGAAUAAAAAGGCAACCACAAAGCUGAGAGGUUUAAAAUUAAAGCCAUGUUUAGAUAAACACUAAGGCUUAAAGAGCUGGUUAAUUGUAACUUGUUUGCCAGUGCUGCCAGUUCCUGUUGGCACGGGAAGAGGUGCUGGUUCCCUGCAUAUGGCCGCUGCUGUGGGCUCUUAUUCUGGGGACUGAAGGGUCUAAGUGCAGCUGCCCCUGACUUGGGGCAGGGCAGGUGAGUUGGUCUGGGAGGUGCACCGCUGGGAUAUGUCCGCAAAUCCCUUCUCUUUGUCCUCUGCAUGUGGUGUCUCCUAAAAUGCUGCAGAUGGUGAGAAAAGGAGAGGAAGGGCUUCCAGAGUGUAAUCUUGGCCUUUCUUGGUCAGUGGGAAUGCUGCCCAGGCUUCUGUCCUGAUGGGAAUUCACUCUGUGUCCUGAGCUCCUACCUCAAAACCGCUUUGUUUGGCUCAUGCCAGGCACUCUCCUGCAAAUCUCAGCCUUUGCAUGAGAUGUCAGCAGUGACACUGUGCAGGUGGCACUGCUGUUAUUGGUAAUACUGGAGAGGACUUGAUAUCAGAAAUGCCUUACCAGAUAAGAAGGGUGAAGACAUGCAACUCCCAAGAGGAAGAGGAAGGUAAUCUUGAUCUCUGCUGCAUGUCUGCAGGAAGAGAUUUCGCAUGGUGGCUCACAUCUAGGCCCUAAAUCUCCUUUAUUCAGGCAAAACUCCCACCGUUUGCAGCGAGGAGUUUUGCCAGAGUAAAUACAGCAGGUCUGGGCCUUUGCCCUGUUUCAUUUUGCUGUAGGCAGAUUGAUAGCUCUGUGGGGAAAUCCAUGCAUAAGUCACACAUACCUCCCUUUUCUGUGUUGCCCAAUGCAUAGACACAAGUCUCUGAACUCCUUCAGGGUUUGGAAUGGUUUGGAGGGAUCCCUUUCCAUCCUGUAACCACAUGGGAGCAGGUCAGGAGGACACGUUUGGUGUUUGGGCUUUGUUUCUGAUUGUGCUGCUGCUUUUACUUAAUUCACCUCUGCCCCAAGAGCUGGGAUGCUGAUAUGCAGCUUUGUGGGGGGUUUCUGAGUGCUCCUGUAGAUAGAGUGCAGUUGGGAAGUGCUACCCAACUGUCUCCUUCCUGCUGCUUGCUUUUACCCUCGUUGGAAGCACUGUAAAUCCUCGUGGUUUAACACAUAAAGCAAAUCCUGACUGAUGUAAGACGGGAGCAAACCCCCAGGGUGUUGGACCAGAGUUUGCUGUGUUGCCUAUAAUAUGGGGUGUAAACUGGAAUGAUUAGGAAAUGUACGCUACCCAGCUCUGGGUCCAUGAUUUUGCUGCAAACAAAGGGCUAAAUGUGGUGUAUGAUGACUUUAGAUGAUUAGAUAACACUUGGCAAUUGAAACAGUCUUUCCAUGUUCCCUUGAGUUAUUUCUGCUGUUACAGAGUGUUCCUCUUUUAAUUAGGAAUUUUCAAAUACUGUAUUUUACAGUGUGUGAAAGAACUGUAAGAGAAUAAUGUAAUGAUGUUAGAGACUAUGAUUUGCCAUUAAAUAUUGUACAGACA